AUGGCCAAAGAUCCUCAGGAGAGCUCCCCGGACGUCGAGAUGCACCACAUCUCGAAAGCCAAGAAGGAGCUCCACAAACAGUGCAAGAUCUGUGGGGUGCUGCUCUGUGCCCUUGUGCUCUCCCUCCUCCUCACCAUUCUGGGUGCCUAUUAUUUCUGGAAGCCACCUCCUAAAAAAAUCUAUAACAUGGAGCACACCUUUUUCAAUAAUGGGAAGAAGCAGAAGAUGCUAAUGAAGAUUGACUCACUCAGCAGGACGGAGAUCUUCCAAACUGGAGAGGGCAGUGAAGAAGUCCUGGAGAUACACGACUUUAAGAACGGAAUAACCGGCAUCUUUUUUGUGGGGGAUCCAAAGUGCUUCAUUAGAAACCAGAUUCAAGGCAUACCUGAAACACCCAACAUGGAAAUGGAAGAGUCCAAGGGUGAGGACAUUAAAGCCACCUAUUUUGAGCAAUCUGUGGUCUGGGUUCCAGCGGAAAAACCUAUUGAAAAUAAAGAUUUCCUGAAGAAUUCCAAGAUUUCGGAUCUCUGCAAAAAUGUGACUCUAUACUGGAUCCACCCAACCUUGCUAAGCGAGAUGGAACUCCUGGAUGUUGACAAUAACGAAAAAGGAGAUGACCAGAUCCCUGUGAACAAGCAAGACUGGCCUAAAAUUCAGGAGGAAAAAGAAGAGCAUCCUUUGGCCAAGGAAGGGAGAGGAGGCAGCAGACGUCAGACUCGGCAGCUCACAGAAGAGGACCUCCCAGUGAAUGACUACACGGAGAACGGACUGGAGUUUCACCCCCUCUGGGACGAGAGGGGGUACUGCUGCGCCCGCUGCCGUCGCGCUCAUCGAUACUGCCAGCGGGUUUGUGAGCCUCUGCGGGGGUAUUACCCCUACCCUUACUGUUACCAAGGAGGACGGGUGAUCUGCCGCAUCAUCAUGCCGUGCAACUGGUGGAUCGCACGGAUGUUGGGACGGGUGUAA